CCCAGUUGCUGUCAUCAAGCGCAUGUUACAUAAGCGGACUGCUGUAAAUGGUCCAGGUGGUUUAAACUGCCAAAUCUUGAGCAGCGGCACCUGGACCCUCACGAUGUUGGAGGAAUCUGAGCCGAAAUGACACAUCCCUGUUUCUGCCCCGUUACCCAGACCCGCGUGGUCCCUCAGAGGAAGUGCGCUGAGGAGAAAGGAAGAUUCUGACGGCACCAAACAAACACAUGACCCCAGAGGAAGCGCUAACGCUACGUUUGUACCAUCAAUCAAGACAAAUACGCCAUUCUAAGCGUGGCUUCUGACGUCACAGAUGCGCAGUGAUCGGAGAGCUGUCAUCCAUGGACACCAGACCGGAAACCUGACAGAGUCGCAUCUUCCGGCUCCGUCUGUUUACUUGGCGCAGCUGAUGCGCCACAGCAAGAGGGAGCGACGAUCUGUGAAUUGACAGGGCAUCAGAUUAGCGCGGGACGGAGGGAUUAUCGUCCCUGGACAGAACGGCGCGGACACGGUGCUCCUGCCCCCGCCGCGGCGCGUGCUUCCCGGGGCAGACGCAGACAGGCCGGCCCCCGCCGCCUGACGUUCCCGCGACUCAGAUCCAUCCGAUCUCAACGUCUGAGCAACCAACCAGAACCUUCAGGGUUCCUUAAGAAGUGAGGCGCUAAACGAGACCCUGCAGGAAAUGAAGAACUGACAGACCCGGGAGCAGCAGGCGAAGACACGCCCCUCCCCAGUGGGCUGGCAGACAUGGCGGGGCUCAAGCGCCAUCACGAUGGAAAGAUCGCCGGCUUGUACGACCUGGACAAGACUCUGGGUCGUGGGCACUUUGCGGUGGUCAAACUGGCCCGACAUGUCUUCACUGGAGAAAAGGUUGCGGUUAAAGUCAUCGAUAAGACCAAAUUGGACCCGGUGGCUCGAGGUCACCUGUUUCAGGAGGUGCGCUGCAUGAAGAUGGUGCAGCACCCAAACGUUGUGCGUCUCUACGAAGUCAUAGACACGGCCACCAAGCUCUACCUCAUCCUGGAGCUGGGCGACGGCGGCGACAUGUACGACUGCAUCAUGAAGCACGAGGGAGGCCUCAGCGAAGAGGUGGCCAAGUGUUACUUUGCUCAGAUCGUGCACGCCAUCUCCUACUGCCACCGGCUGCACGUGGUGCAUCGGGACCUCAAGCCGGAAAACGUGGUGUUCCUUGAGAAGCAGGGCGUGGUCAAGCUCACCGACUUUGGCUUCAGCAACCGCUUUCAGCCCGGGAAGACACUGAACACCUCCUGCGGUUCUCUGGCCUACUCCGCCCCUGAAAUCCUGCUGGGGGACGAGUACGACGCUCCGGCUGUGGAUAUCUGGAGUCUGGGGGUGAUCCUCUUCAUGCUGGUGUGUGGUCAGCCCCCCUUCCAGGAGGCCAACGACAGCGAGACCCUCACCAUGAUCAUGGACUGCAAAUACACGGUGCCCCCGCACAUUUCACAGGCCUGCAGAGACCUUAUCGGACACAUGCUGCAGAGGGACCCGAAGAAGCGAGCCACUCUGGAGCAGAUCGAGAGCCACAAAUGGCUUCAAGGGGUGGACCCGUCCCCGGCCACCAAGCUGUCCACGCCUCUGGUGUCCCAUCGCAGCCUGUCUGAGGAAGAGCACAGCUCCAUCAUCCAGCGCAUGGUGCUGGGGGGCAUUGCAGACAGAGAUGCCAUCACUGAGGCUCUGGAGUCCAACCAGUACAACCACAUCACAGCCACGUACUUCCUGCUGGCAGAGAGGAUGCUGAGGGAGAGGCAGGAGAAGGAGCAGCACAGCCAGACCCGGUCACCCAGCCCGAGCAAGGCCCAGUUCAGACAAUCUUGGCCCACCAGGGUGGAUGUUCACCAGGACGUCAGCGAUGGGUUAGGGGGUCCGGCCAUGUCACACCCUGGGGGGCCCCAGUCUCCUGCCCGCAGUGCUGAGAGCCUUCACAAAGGUCCCAGACCCAAAACUGCUCUACCGGACCUGGUCCAGCGGCAGGAGAGCCUCGCUCCAGCUUCAGGCCCAGCUGCUCCUGCUCGGCAGAACACGGAGCGCGGUUUCAAACCUCUGCCAAAGCCUCAUUCCAACCCGCUUCGGCUGGGCUCUCUGGGUUCAGUGGGCCCCGUCAAACCACGAAGCCCCAGCCUCUUUAGCGUUGAAGAGGAUGAGGAGGAGGAAGGACAAGACAAAUGUUUGCCCCCCUGUACAUUGCCUUCCCAAGUUGUGCUUCGCUUCAAAUCGUCCUCCGGCUCUUCUUCCAGCAGUCGCAUGACGUCUCGCAUGAGCGCUCCAGUCCUCAACCAGAUCCACGAGGAGGACAAGGAGGAAGAGGAGGAGCAGAGCAGGGAGUUGCAUGGACUCGGCCCCCCAAAGCCCAGCCUUAGUCUCAAUCUGAACUGUCGGAUUCCCUCACCUUUGACCCUGACCUCAUCACCUGAAACUGUUGGUGGCUCGGCUCCGGUCGCGGCCUUCUCGCCCAGCUCAGAGACCAGCGAUGAGGAAACAGAAGGUCACCUGAAACUAGACUCAUUAAGGGUGGAGGUGCAUGAGGGGGAGGGAAGGCAACAAGCUAAGGAAGAGCGGGGAGCAGGACAGGGCAGCCCCUUCAACUGCGCCAGUCCAGGAUCAGUUUCAGGAUCAGGAUCCGGCCAAGGCCGGAGCAGCACCAAAGCCUCCAGCGGUCUGGUGGAGAGUCUGAAGCUGAUGAGCCUGUGCUUGAGCUCCCAAUUCCAGAACCUCACAGGCAGCGGAGGAGGAGGGGGAGGAGGAGGGAGCGGGGGUGGCACCAGCGGGGUGGUGGGGGACCCCCAAGACCGUCCCAUGUGGAGGAUGUGCAUGGGGGGCUCCACUGGCAGCUUGGACAAGGUCUCCCUCCUAGGGGGUCCUUCGCCCCGGGGUAACCUGACCCACCAGCCUCUUCUUGGAGACCCACUGGCGGACCCUCUGGGGGAGGGGCCCUGUUCGGGGAGCCUGCGGCUCCGAGAGCUGGACCUGGCCAGAGAGAACCACAGAAACGUGAAGAACCGCGGCCUGCAGAUACCUCCCAACGACAAGAGCCUCUCUGUAAACAUUCACCGGAGCCCCAAGGAGGGCCUGCUCUGCACCCCCACGCCACACAGCUGCUGCCAGGUCAUCUAGAGGUCCAGCUUCCACACACCGGCCGGCACACCGUUCUGCACCAUCUCACAAACGUCUCAUCGUCAAACCGCGGCCGGAGAACAUAAAUGCUGACCGAUGCCGCAGGUGCUCACAAACACACAUUUGCACAACAGGAGGUGUAGAAAAGCAACCAGCCUCCACCGCCGCUGAGAGAGGAGGAAGCUGAAGAACUCUGUUACAUAUCUUUUUUUUGUCUUUGUUUUUAUUGCAUUUUUUAUCUUAAUUUAUCUUUGAGACAAUCAUUGUUUCUUUCCUGUUUGUAAAUUUUAGGUUGUUUUUAUUCCAACAUGGACAAAAACAGGGUGAAGCAGGAAGGUGGCGCACAACGUUUGUUUGGUUUUGUACUUCAAACAUGCAGGAUGGCGAUGCACUCACGUCUGCAGAGGCUGUACAUAUGUCAAUACCUUAGCGGUAGCUGAUCUCUUGUAUUAACAGUAAAGUUGUGUUGCAGUAGAGACUUGAAUGCUAGAUCCUUCUUCACCGUUAUUCUUCAUCUCCACUGGAUUUGGUAAAAAAAACACCUGAAGAUCUUCACACGUUCACACUGAAACAGUUAAACAUGCAAUUGCAGCUCUUUCAAUUCGACUUGACCCCUUUCUAAAAAAAACAAAUAACUAAACCCAUGAACCGUGCUCAUCCUGGAGGGAUUCAGGAUCACAGUAGCCACUGUUGUAGCAAAUUCCAAGACGACAACCGAGGGGUCUUUGAUGGAACGUGACACCGCCCCUUCAAAGUGUUGGUCUGUGUAUCUGAUAUACUAGUGGAAUAUUUAACAGUGCAUGUGUUUAUCCUGUAGCAACUUUACCCCCCCACACAUACACACAAACACACACUUGUAUCUACCUGAGUAACAGAUGAAGUCAGUCACUUUACUGUAAUCUCACAGCAAUACCAGCGACUGCAAAAUGUACAACAAUGGAUGUGCCAUAAAAUUUGUCUUGAGCAUAUUGUACUGUAUGUAUAUGAUAAAGAUCUAUUAUAAUAAAACCAUGUGAAGGAAGUUGGAGCUGAUUGUUCUGA